CCUCACUCCCACCCUUUAAACCACUCUCAGGCCACCUCGUCGCCCAUCGAAAGGGCUUAUUCCACUCUUUAUUUCUCUUUUUUCUUUCGUUGACUGACGACCAUGAAACUUAUUAACUUUGGUGCUAUCGUCUCCCUCGCCGUCCUCGCCUGCUCCUACGGCCCUACCCAAGUCACCGCGCUCUCCGCCGAGAACCACCAUUUUGUCAGACAUAAUGCCAGGCACAAUGCCAUCCUCAGGAGGCAGUCAGAGCCAAAGCCUACAAACAGGAGGCGCUGCAGGGCCCGCCCCUCGGACAACGUAGACGCACCUCCCGCUUACACCCCACCUGCUGACUCGGAUGUCCCCCAACCCCAACCUCAACCCGAGCAACCUGCUGAGCAACCCCCUGCUGAGCAACCUCCUGCUGAGCAGCCCCCCGCUCAACAGCCCGCUCCUGCCCCCGCUCCUGAUAACGGCAAUGGCGGUGGUGACACUGGUAACAACGGUGGCAACAAUGGCGGUAACAACGGUGGCAACAACGGCGGUGGAGGUGGAACUGGCUCUGACCCCAACCGCAAGAUGGGUAUUGCCUGGGCCAAUCCCGACGACAGCAAACUCGCAAACUUCCUCCAUGGCUCGGUUGGCGCCGUCUAUACCUGGAGUCCCCACAAGCCUGCUGUUUUGAACAGCCGCCCUGAUAUCGAGUUCAUCCCUAUGCUUUGGGGUGAGAAGCACAUCAACGACUUUGUCAGGCUUGUCCAGCCCGGUUACGCCAGAACCGUCUUGGGCUUCAACGAACCCGACCACCAUGGUCAAGCUUUCUUGGAUCCCUAUUACGCCGUCGACCUCUGGAUGCAAUACAUCCAACCACUCUCUUCUCAAGGUUACAAGCUCGUUUCCCCCGCCCCCACUAACGCCCCUUCUGGAACUGAAUGGUUGGCCACGUUCAUGAGCGCCUGUCAGAACCGAGGAUGCACUGUGGACGCUGUUGCUGCCCACUGGUAUGGUAUCGACUCCCAGAACUUCAUUGACCACGUCACCAACUAUCACAACCGCUGGGGACGUGAGGUUUGGGUCACCGAAUUCGCUUGCCACAACUUCGGUGGUGGGCAACAGUGCGACAAUGCCCGCGUCUGGCAGUUCAUGUCCACCGUGACCGAAUGGAUGAAGCGCACCCACUUCGUCGGCAAAUACUUCCCCUUCGGUGUCUUGCGUGACAUGGUCGGCGUCUUCGAAGGCAACCGUCUCUACAACCCCGCUAAUGACCAGCCUACCGACCUUGGCUGGGCCUACAUCUCCUAAGCGAUUUCGCUGUACUGACAGUCCUUCUCGAUACCCUCGGCUACAACACCCUAUAACUUUUUCAACGUUGUUCCGUCAUCCUCGUCAGGCGUCCGGAUGCGAGUCGUACGGACCGGAGGUCUUUAUUCCCUUCGCGUGGAGGUUUAGAUAUCUUUACUGGCAAAAGAUCUACUCAUACUUCUGUAUUGACUCCAUGCUGGGCGUCUUUUGAAUUUUGGUUUUGGUUGAUUAGCGAAUCCAUUUGUUGCUUCAUAUAUUCCGGAAUCAUGACCAUUGUAU